AUGUCCCUGAGUUUCCGAGAAAAUGAUCCUGGCAGUGUUGAGGCCCUGCUGAAUGCCUUGAAACCGAGCUUGGAUACGAUUAACAGCGGCGAUGGUGCGAGUAGCAGCACAAAUACCACACAAGCCACACAGGAUUCUCAUAAAAUACAAUCCACCCCUCCCCCACAGCGAAACCUCGAAAUUGACUCGUUGCUCGACUUACUAGGUACGUCUCCAGGAAGGCAGACGCAGACGCAGCAGAACCACGACAAUAUCGAAACUCGGCGGCACUCUUACGCGUCUGCGCCAAUGCCAAUGCCAAUGCCAAUUUCAGCUCCAGUGUCGGCGUCUGCGCCUGCACCUGCACCACAACCUCAGCAACACCAUCAACCUGAACAAACUAACCCUAUCAGUAUCGAAGAAGCCACCCAGCUCCGUUCAAUGACAUUUCCGCAAGCACUCAUGCUCAUACCCACCCUACCCGCUGAGAAAACGGAGAAAUUGAAAAAGAUACAGGCGCAGCAACACAGGAUAGAGAAGAGUCUGCAUUCAGAGUGGAGCGUGAUGAAUAGCAAACAUGUCAAUGCGCGUAAAGAGCUCGACCAGAAGAUGGCACUUGCUCGUAUCGACUUGAGCAGAGAUGUGAGUAGACUAGAUAGCGAUUUCAAACGCAGAGAGGACGCUUUUAAGGCCAAGGCACAGGCAAGGUGCGCCAGUCUCAACAAUCUCAACUAG